AUGACAACGCCUACAAAAGAAGAAGAUAGUAGUAUAUUGUUUGAAAUACCUGAACAGUACCUUAUUCAUGAACAUGAUAAUAUAUAUACAACUACAGCUCAUCAAUUUGCUCAAUUCAACGAAGCUUACAAACGUUUUCCAUUACCAGAUAAUAUUUUAUUUCCUUGGCUUCAUGGUGUUGAUGGAUUAAGCAAUCAGCAGAACUUAUUUUUUGGUGUAAGACGAAGUAUGGUACCCAACUACCGUGGAUUAAUGAUUAUGCAUUGUCAAGAACUCGAACACACAGCUCGAUUGACUGAAUCAGUUUUACCUCAUCAAGUCCUAUUUAUGGAACCACCUUAUCAAUAUGAAUUCAUCAACUCUUACAAUAAGGAAACCAAUAUCAAUUUACGAAAUUUUGGUAAUCAAGUGUCGAGGUUUGCUACCAUUUGUGAUAUUGUACUGUAUGGUACACAGGCAAGAAAAAUAGCCACACUAUUGUCACUUGCUCAACAAAAGCUAUAUCAAGAGAGACAAGACCAGAUAGAAUCAGUUCAAAAGUCUGCUGGCAAAAGAGCUGUUAUAAAUGCGAACAGGAUCUUAUAUAAAACAAUUAUAAUUGAAGAUGAUUUUUCAGUGUUUGAACGCAAUUAUCCAGAAUUCGUUCUCUAUGAUUCAAUAGGUUCAGCUUUGCAAAGAAAAGAUUUUAGGGAAUUAGAAAUUGCUGAAAUGAGAAAAAUGAGUGAAGCAACAGAGAUUACAAAAAAUAUUUGGCUCGGAAACACACAAGAUGUGCCAAUUACUAUACAAGAAAUGGAUCCUUUAUCUUCUUCUUUUUUUUCUGAUUUUAAUAAUGAUGAAAAUCCUAAUCCACAUCAUUUUUCGAUUUGUAUUGAAGCACAUGAUCUGGCUGAUAUGCCUCUACCAUCUACGUUAAUGUUAGCUCGUGAAACACUGAAUGAAUUAAAAGAUGGACAAAUGCCUUCAGAACUAAUUCACUUUGAUGUUUAUGCCACAGGAGUUCCUAAUGAAGAGCAUGAAUUUCAAACAUUCUUUACACACUUGUUACAACUGUUGCAAUUCAUGGAAGAACAGUCCUCUCGAGAUCGUAGGAUUUUGAUACACUGUUCAGAUGGAUACACUGAAUCAAGCUUGUUAGCUUUAAGUUGGAUUAUGUUUCAUCAAAAGUUACAGUUGCCUGAAGCCUAUCUCUAUUUACAGAGAAUCCGCUCCUUUUUUGUUUAUGCAGCCGAUGUACCUACGUUGCGUAGAAUCGAACAUGCCUUAUUUGAAGAUCAUGAAAGUCUCGAACCUCAACCAAAAAGAAGGAAGAGUACAACACUUGCAACUCAAAAUGUAGGAUCCAAUAGAAAAGAUAAUGGUCAGACUAUUAUGGUAAAUGAUACUAAAAAAUUGGAUACUGCUACUAUAACAAAAGAAGAAAUUACAGUAAAAUAUGAGUUUGACGAGGAGGAGGAAGAUAUUGAUGAUGUCGAUGAUGAUGAUGAUAACGAUGAUAGCGAUGACGAUAUGAUGGAAAUGCAACAUUUAACAACACCACCAACUCCAUUAAAAACAACAAAUAAUCGAGCAUUACUUGGUGAUGCAUAUAUAAAUGCAAUUUCUAAUACAGAAAUGGGCAAUGCAUUACCAACUGAUAAUAUUUACAAACAAUUACAAUUGUCCCCCACUAAAGAAGAAGAAGAACUAUAUCCAUGGUUUUAUUCCCCUCGGUUUGAAGGAUCUUUUCCAUCAAGAAUAUUAUCCUUUUUAUACCUGGGCAAUUUGAACCAUGCCACUAAUCCAGAAAUGUUAAAAGUACUUAAUAUAACUCAUAUAGUUAGUGUGGGUGAAAAUGCAGAUUUAAGUGACAAGGAGUUUAAUUUACUUUUUUUGGAUAAUUUAUACGAUGACGGAAUUGAUUCAAUUCAAAGUCGUUUAGAUUCUGUUGUAAGAUUUGUUGAGGAUGCUCGUUUAAAAGGCACAACAUGCCUCAUUCAUUGUAGAGUAGGUGUGAGUCGAAGUGCAGCUAUUUUGAUUUGCUAUAUCAUGAAGCAUUUACAAUAUACGUUGGUACAAGCUUAUUUGUUUGUUCGAGCACGAAGAUUAAACGUUAUCAUUCAACCAAAUCUUAAAUUUAUGUAUGAAAUGUUACAGUUAGAACAAAGAGAAAAGGGUACAAUUUCAAUUACUUGGCCUAUUUUAUGCAAUGAAAUUUAUAAUUUAAAUUCACCUUAUCGAAAUAUAAAUUGUCUUCCUUGA